AAUCGCAAAAUCACCGGUGGGUGAAUUGAUGCUGAGCAGCAAAACUACAGCCCCAGUUUUAUGAUUGGAUGUUUCUGACACGGGAAGUGUUUACUACGCGUCGCUGUCCGUACUACAGUUGGGUACUCAUGACAGUAUGGCUGGAAUGUAGAGUGUGUGGUGCUGACAAGAAGGAAUAAAGAGGGCGCGUGUGGUGCGCUUUUUGUUGUAAGAACAUCGUUGUUUAGCUAGCUAUAAAGUUAGCAUAGCGAAUCUCCUUUCCAAAUAUGUUUCCUAGGAUGCAUUGUCUUGCUAAAGUUGCAUUGGCACUGCAGGGCGGUGGGCGACGUUACAUUGGCCUAACUUGUCUAAAUGGGGUAAGAACCUUGACUAGAGGGCUUAGUAAUUCUGGGGCUGCCGAGCGUGGCGAAACACAUAACAAUGAAAACGAACUAUAUGAUAUUAUCAUUUCUGGCGGAGGAAUGGUGGGCACUGCAAUGGCUUGUUCUUUGGGUAUGGAUCCGAAUUUGGAGGGGAAGAAGAUCCUUCUGCUAGAAGCUGGGAAUAGGAAAGUUAUGGACACAGUCCCAGAGUCCUACAGCACGAGAGUCAGUUCUGUCAGCCCAGGCUCUGCAACUCUUCUCAGUGGUAUUGGAGCAUGGGAUCACAUAGUAAAUAUGAGAUGCAAGCCUUAUCAGAGGAUGCAGGUUUGGGACGCGUGCUCGGAUGCCCUGAUCACUUUCGAUAAGGAGAACCUGGAGGAUGAGAUGGCUUACAUCGUUGAGAAUGAUGUCAUCGUGGCAGCCCUGACAAAACAGCUGGAAACACUCCCUGAUAAUGUGAAGGUCCAGUACAGGACUAAGGUGGUGAAGUAUGUCUGGCCCAUGUCCUACCAGGCUGCAGGCUCCAUCCCCUGGGUGCAGGUGAAGCUGGCCAAUGGCGAAACAUUGCAGACCAAGUUGCUGAUUGGGGCUGAUGGGUCAAACUCUAUGGUGAGAAAGGAAGCAGGAAUACCCACAGUCAAGUGGAACUACGACCAGUCUGCUGUUGUGGCGGUCCUGCAUUUGUCCGAACCCACAGAAAACAAUGUGGCAUGGCAGAGAUUCCUUCCAACUGGUCCUAUCGCAAUGCUUCCACUAUCUGACACAAUGAGCUCCCUGGUGUGGUCUACCAGCCACCAGCAUGCGGAGGAACUGCUGGAGCAGGAUGAAGAGAGUUUUGUUGAUGCCAUCAACUCUGCCUUUUGGAGUAACGACAACCACUCGGAGCUGAUCGAGACGGCCGGGUCACUUUUCCGGACGGCGCUGUCGUUCCUAAUGCCCGCCGGGUCAUCCGCGCGCCAGCUGCCGCCCAGCGUGGCCAGCAUCGGGCCGAAAAGCAGGGUCACGUUCCCCUUGGGCAUGGGCCACGCCUCGGAGUACAUCAGGCACCGCGUGGCCCUCAUCGGGGACGCUGCUCACAGAGUACACCCAUUGGCUGGCCAGGGGGCAAACCUGGGAUUUGGGGAUGUGGCAUUUCUCACUCAGGUCCUGAGCCAAGCAUCCUUUAAUGGGCAAGACCUGGGGGCCAUGCAGCACCUCCUGGAAUACGAGACGGAGCGCCAGCGCCACAACCUGCCCAUGAUGGCCGCCAUCGACCUCAUGAAGCGGCUCUACUCCACCAACUCCGCUCCCGUGGUGCUGCUGCGCACCCUCGGCCUGCAGGCCACCAAUGCUGUGCCACCCGUUAAGGAGCAAAUCAUGGCAUUUGCAAGCAAGUGAGAGACUACCUAUGAAGUGAUGCUGGUGGGAGAACAUGGUAUCAUGGUGGUGUCAUGUGUAAAAGUGUAAAUUAAUAAAGUUUUAUUUUAAUUUCA